AUGAGAACGCCUGCUCUAGUUGCCGUGGCAGCGGUGCUAUUUCUCACAGACGGCAUAACAGCGGCAAGCUCCCCAAGCAUCGCAUUGCCUGGAUGCACGAGCAAAUGUGGUGCCAUGGACAUCCCGUACCCCUUCGGCACCACCCCCGGCUGCUACCGGCCUGGAUUCAUGGUCACCUGCAAUGAGACGUACCGUCCACCAAAGCUGUUCCUGGACAAUGGAGCCAGUCCUGGUCCUGGCCCUGAAGUUGUCGACAUAUCUCUGGCAAACAGCACGGUGCGUGUUGAGAGCUGGGUUUCGCACUUCAUCGUCGGCAACAUGAGCCACGUGCAGCUGGCCAUGAGCCGCAGCUCACCCUUUGUGUUGUCAGCCAAGGCGAACAGUCUCGUCAUCGUGGGGUGUGGCUUCCGUGUUGUCGUGGACAUCGUCGACGGCACCGGCGAGCCAUUCUUGCCUGACGUCGUGUGCAACGGCAUCGGCUGUUGCCAGCCAUCCAUCCCGGUUGGCCUUCUGUCCUUCCUUAUUAAUCUCUCCCCUCUUGACGGUGCCAGCAGAUGCCUGAUUACCCCGUCCCUGGCGCCCGAGCCAGCGUUCAACGCAAGCGUGCACAUGGUGGAGCAAGAGUGGUGGACCGACGGGUCGAACGUCUACGGCCUGCAGCAGUACUUCAUUGACCUCCCAUCUUACCCUGACAUGAGCCCAUUCUUUGUCCCUGCAAUCGCAGCCUGGGCGUUGGGCAGGUUCCCCUGCGAAGAGGCUGCCCAGAGGCCAGAUUUUGGGUGCCGCAGCAAGAACAGCAUGUGCCUCAACUCCACAAAUGGUGCCGAUGGCUAUGUUUGCCAGUGCAGUGAAGGCUACCAUGGUAACCCUUACAUGACAAAUGGAUGCCAAAGUGGGCGAGGUCGUCUAGCAGCUGGAAUAAUUUUCUCUAUAGGAGUCGGCAGUGGCAUAAUUAUUUUGCUUCUAGUUCUUGCUGUCAUCUUUGCAACAAAAAAGGUCAAGGAUCAGAAAGCCAAAAGGAUGAAGGAAUAUUUCUUCAAGCAAAACCGUGGGUUAUUGCUCCAGCAAUUAGUAGACAGAGAUAUAGCUGAAAGGAUGAUUUUCAGCUUAGAAGAGCUUGAGAAAGCAACAAAUAAAUUUGAUGGAGCUCGCAUUCUUGGUGGUGGAGGGCAUGGUACUGUCUACAAAGGCAUUUUAUCAGAUCAACACGUUGUUGCUAUAAAGAAGUCCAAAACCGCAAUCAAAAGAGAGAUCGACGAGUUCAUAAAUGAAGUUGCCAUCCUUUCUCAAAUCAAUCACAGGAAUGUGGUAAAGCUUUUUGGUUGUUGUCUUGAGACAGAAGUUCCACUGCUAGUCUAUGAGUUCAUUUCGAAUGGAACCCUCUAUGCCCAUCUUCAUACUGAUGGUCCUCAAUCAUUAUCAUGGAAAGACAGAUUGAGGAUUGCAUCUGAAGUUGCAAGUUCCUUGGCAUAUCUUCACUCGGCUGCUUUGAUAUCGGUAAUCCACAGGGACGUCAAGACAUCUAACAUACUGCUAGAUGAUCGUUUGACAGCGAAAGUGUCUGACUUUGGUGCUUCUAGAGGUAUUGCAAUUGAUCAAUCAGGGGUAACAACUGCCAUCCAAGGAACAUAUGGAUAUCUUGAUCCUGAGUACUACUACGCAGGCCGGCUGACAGAGAAGAGCGAUGUCUACAGCUUUGGUGUCAUGCUUGUAGAACUGCUUACAAGGAAAAAACCAACCGCCUCCAUGCCAUCAGAAGGCGUCAGUUUAGUAGCACACUUCAUGUUUCUGUUGAACAAAGAUAGGCUCGGUGAGAUACUAGAUGCACAGGUCUCCGAGGAGGCUGGGGACGAAGCCAGUGAAGUAGCGGCAAUGGCUGCAAUGUGCUUGAGGAUGAAGGGGGAGGACAGGCCGACGAUGCGCUAUGUGGAAACGAAGCUCCACGGGCUGCAGAGUGUGGAGAACACCACGCAGGGUGACCCAGAAAUGCAGGAAUAUCGGGUUAAACUACGCCACACGACAUUUCAAAGAAGGAGCGACGAUGCUGCUGAUGCUGAUAAGGAGGGUCAAAGCAACAGCAGGCGAUAUAGCUUAGAGGAGGCGAUGCUGCAGUCAGCCAGCUUGCGACGGUGAUCUUCAGGAAAUUCUUCACCACAU